CCACGAUUCGAGCAAUCGAUCAGUCGCGAGGAGUGUCGACUCAGAAACUUAAAUCGUAAACUUGGGCUCAAAAUGCGAUUCGCCAUUUUUGCAGUAGUGUGCCUCUCUUUGGCCCUUGGCACUCUUGCCAAUGAUCUGAUUGUUGGGGAACGCGAAGAGGGAGAUGUCUUGGCUACAACCAGAUACCUCUACAGGCUUCCGAUCCCUUUCAAACCAAUGGUGGCUAAAACUGGGUACGGGCUCAAAGGAAAGAUCACUGCCAUAGAAGCCGUAAACUUGGGAGAAACGGAUGCCACCAUUGUGAUCCUCAAAGGCGGCGUCGGUUUCAAGCACGUCGUAAUCGCAGCAUUCGGAAAGCCAGGGGAAGGCAUCAACGUCCGAAUUAAGAUUUACGGUACCCUUAACGCUCUACCAAAACCGCCGACGACGGAGGCACCAUCCGAGGAGUCCAGCGAAUCGUCGUCCGGAGAGUUACCGGAGAAGCCGUCGCAGGAGUCAUCCGAAGAGUCGCCGGAGAAGCCGUCUCAGGAGUCAUCGGAGGAAUCAUCUGGACAAGGCACCGAGACCCCAGCUGAAGGUUCAACGGAACGGCCUCCUCAAGGAUCAACCGAAGGAUCAUCGGAGCAGACCACGGAGGGUCCAUCUCAGGGUUCAACGGAACGGCCUCCUCAGGGAUCGACCGAAGGAUCAUCGGAACAGACCACGGAGGGUCCAUCUCAGGGUUCAACGGAACGGCCGAUCCAGGUACCAACCGAAGGAUCAUCGGAGCAGACCACGGAGGGUCUAUCUCAGGGUUCAACGGAACGGCCUCCUCAGGGAUCGACCGAAGGAUCAUCGGAGCAGACCACGGAGGGUCCAUCUCAGGGUUCAACGGAACGGCCAAUCCAGGUACCAACUGAGGGAUCAUCGGAGCAAAUCACGGAGGGUCCAUCUCAGGGUUCAUCCGAACAGCCGAUCCAGGUACCAACCGAGGAAUCAUCGGAGCAGACCACGGAGGGUCCAUCUCAGGGUUCAUCCGAACAGCCGAUCCAGGUACCAACCGAGGAAUCAUCCGGAGACGGUUCGGGAGCUCCUGAAGGAACGACCGAGCAAUCCUCGACCGGAGAAUCAAGUGAAUCUUCCAGUUCGUCAUCCAACGAGUCGUCUAACCAAUCCACUGGCGAACAGUGGCCAUCAGUACCUCUGCAUCCAAAGUUCCUCUAAUUGGAUGUGUUCCCACGAGAACCCCGUGUCCUCCAAGGGGUUCGUAUUGUGUCGAAGCGACUGCUUCGCGGAGAGACAUUAGUAGUAUUCAAUUGUUAACGUAAGCGGUAUUCAAGUACUAAAAACGAAACCAUAUCCCUUCGCCAAUACUCGAGGGCCCGAUGCUAAUGUUCGAUACCGAUACAGUAAUUAUUAAAUAAAGAAGUACCUGCAUUUAA